CUCAGACUCAGGAAGCUCAACUGUGUGGGAAUUAUUAUACUUUCAGUUUUAUUUUUACAUAGGUCUCGUUAAAUCCGCAGUGGUUUACAAAGUUUAGACACACAGAAAGCAAGACUUAUGCAGAACUUUUACAAUGUUCAGAUUCUUCAAUCUGCUGCUGCUGUUUGCCCUUGUCUGUCAUAAAGGAAACACAGAUAUACCAGUGACGGGAAAAACUGGAGGCAAUGUCACCCUAACAUGUGAAUUUAAUGCCAAUACGAUUGUUCAAGUUGAGUUAUUCAGUGAUUCAAAAGACAUAAAUGUUUGUGAGACUGAAGAAUGUAGAGUAUUUAAAAAAGCAGCCUGUGAUGUCGUCAUCAAGAAUCUGAGCUUCAGUGACGCUGGGAAAUACACUUUGAGAGUCCAUUACAAGAAUGAUCAGACCAACGUGGCAAAGCAAAAGGACCGGAUAUACCAACUUCAUAUUCAUGACGAGAUUUCUGUGAAAACAGGCACGCCACUAAAAAUGCAUGUUCUGAUGUCCUUUGCUAAUAAAGUGGAGAAAAACUCCAGUGAAGGGUGGAAGGAGGUGUGGAAGAGAGGUCAUGGGGUCUGGAGUGAUAGAAUGAAUGUCAGUGAUGAAAACCUGAUCAUUAAAGUGUUUACGGAUAAUGAUGCAGGAACAUACAGAGUUCUGGACUCUGAAGGAGAAAUCCUGAUCACAGUGACAGUCACAGAAUCAGGUACACAAUCAUCGGGAAAACUGGACACAGAUAAAGACAAAACUGGUGACACUGAAGAACACAAUCACUGGUUUUUGCCAGUAGGAGUGUGUUCUGGACUUCUGUUGGUUCUGGCUGUGAUUGCUGUCAUCAUAUGGCGAUGUUGGCCCAGAGGUUACACGCCGGCUCCAGGACAGGAAUCCAGAGCACCCAGAGGUAUUGGGGAACCUCUAACGAUCUUAACUGAAUGUGAUUAAACUGCACAGGAGCCCUGAACACCUGGUGACACCACUGUUAUUGGAAUUUGCCUUCAACACUAACAAGAUUCUGUCAUCCUAUACUGGCAGCUAAAGGUGUGCCAUAAUAUCACUGUAAUUGAUGAGCAAACUGACUGAGUAUGUCACUUCAUAAAAGCAAAAGCAAACCUUUACUGCAACAAAUAAAUAGUUGAGAAAAAAAUGUAAAAAAAUAAACAAGGUAACUUAUUGCAGUAAGCGUUUGGAGUUGUCUCAGAUAGUUUUUUUUUAAAGUUCUUCUCAGUAAAGAUACUUUGUUUAGCCAACAUAAAUUUACUUGUUCAUGCAAGUCCUAUUUUGCUAAUAGAAAUAUUCUUGUCACAACUGAAGCAAAAAUUACUGUUGUUGAGGUAAUUAAUUUUUUUCCUGGAUUAUUAUUAUUUAUUUUAUUUUUUUUGUAAAAAGCCACCAUUUUUAGAUCUAUUUAUGAAUGACAAACAUGGACUUAUUCCUUUAUCAGUUUAUUUUAGCAUUAAGGACAUAAGGAAAUUCUAAUGAUUGUAUUGAGAACAUAGUGAAAUAUUAGAGAAACCUUAACAGACAACGCAGUCUUAUUUGUAGACAGCAUUAUCUUUGUAAAGCAUCCUACAAAACUAAGAUGUCCAGGAAAUAGAUUUAAGUAGGUGAACAUACUCUAAGCCUCAGUACUUGACACAAAAAACCUUGAGAACGAGAGAUGAGCUUUUUACAUCACACAACACAACAAAUAACAAACAGUAAUGACAAAACAACAAUGAAAACGUUUAAAAAGUCAGCAAACAAAAAACCAAUAAUCCUAUAACAGUAACUGCAUACUUUAUUCAUGCUGCAAUGCAUGCUGGGAACUCACAAAGUCUUAACAUUUCAGCAAUAUGAAACUGGUGUUUGAGUUGAGACAACAUUUGGGGUAAUUCUGACAAAGGUUUUUAUGAAGUUUCAAGAAAACUGUGUUUCCUCUUAUUGAAGACUCAAAUGGACAGGUUUCGUAAACUGGAAACUAUGCAGUUGCCUUUUUUUACAGAGUCUAUAAACUCACUGUGUGAUUAAAGUAAGUCUAUUAGAAGGCAGUUCAUAGGAUAAAGAUGACCAACUUCAUGUUGAUUUGCACUGACUGUUCCCUCUAAUGAUAUGAUAAUAUGAUUUUACUGUAAUUGGUCAUGUAUGUUUUGCACAGUGUGUGUCAACACAAGGCAGAGGACAGACAAAGUUGAGCCUGCGAGAGAGUUUUUUUCUUUCUUGCUGCUGUUACCUUCUGCUUACUAUGGGAUUUUAAGGUACUAUUAUUUGUAAAGCUGCAUUAUAUAUACUUACAAUAUAUACUGAGAAAAAAAGGCAAAUCCACUUUUAAUACAGUAAUAUUUCUUUAUUUUCAAUUAUGUAUUUUGUAUGAAUUUGAUAAUUUUAUAGUUUUGUAAUGUGUGUUAUUUAACUUAAAAAUCUAGAAGCAGCACAACUUUUUUGUUCAUUAUAUACUGUACCAAAUUAAUUUAUAGUCCUUCACUGUUUCACAAUUUUGAUCAUCAAAUCUAUGCAAAUUAGAGCAGUCAUGUCUUGUGAAGUUUCAAUUUUUCUGUGCUCUUCUUUCCUUUCGGUUGUAUUUCACUCAUGUUUAUCAUUGAUUUGUUUUGUAUAUAAGAGGGAAAAUUAAGAUUGUCUAUACUGUAUGGUAUAUAUAUAUAUACUGUAUAUAUGUAUGUAUAUAUUAAUAAAAUGACCUUUUUUAUUAUUAUU